UCCCAUUCGCCAAUUAGCGACCGGUGCGAGCGUGUCGCGUGUACGGAAAAUAAAUUCGAUAUUCCGGUAUUUUUCCGAGCGGGAAAACUUUCUCACAGAUCGAUAUAGAGAACGCGAUCACUUGAUUAUUGAGUAGCGAGCUUAUUCCUUCGUCCCUUCAAGAUGGCGGUACGUGGAGCGAAUGUGAUGUGGUUCAGGCAUGGAUUGCGCCUCCAUGAUAAUCCCGCCUUGGUGGCCGCUCUUAGUGACAAAGAUCAGGGAAUAGCACUAAUUCCCGUAUUCAUAUUUGAUGGAGAGAGUGCAGGCACCAAGUGUGUAGGUUACAAUCGUAUGCGCUUCCUGCUGGACUCCUUGCAGGACAUCGACGAUCAGAUUCAGGCAGCAACAGAGGGAAGGGGACGCCUUCAUGUCUUUGAGGGUGAACCGGUGAAUAUCUUCCGUCGGCUGAAUGAGCAUGUGCGUCUGCACAGGAUCUGCAUGGAGCAGGACUGCGAACCGAUAUGGAACGAUAGAGAUGACUCCGUCCGGUCGCUAUGUCACGAGUUGGGCAUUGACUUUGUGGAGAAGGUUUCGCACACUCUAUGGGAUCCGCGGAUGGUGAUUGACACGAAUGGGGGUAUUCCACCACUUACAUACCAGAUGUUCCUACACACUGUUCAAAUAAUUGGCCUACCACCUCGCCCUGCUGCCGAUGUCCACCUUGAAGAUGCUACUUUCGUUGAGUUGGCCCCAGAGCUGCGCCGCAGUGUGGGCUACUUCGAGAAGAUGCCCAAUCCGGAUCACUUUAAUGUCUACGGUGACAACAUGGGUUUCCUGGCCAAGAUCAACUGGCGCGGUGGCGAAACCCAGGCCCUUUUGCUGCUGGAGGAACGACUUGAGGUGGAGCAGCACGCCUUCGAGCGAGGCUUCUACCUGCCCAACCAGGCUCUGCCCAACAUCCAUGACACACCCAAGUCUAUGAGCGCCCACCUGCGCUUCGGAUGUCUCUCGGUACGUCGCUUCUACUGGAGCGUCCACGAUCUCUUCAAGAACGUCCAGUUGCGAGCCUGUGUGCGCGGCGUUCAGAUGAGUGGCGGAGCCCACAUUACGGGACAACUGAUUUGGCGAGAGUAUUUCUACACGAUGUCUGUGAACAACCCGAACUACGAUCGCAUGGACGGCAACGAGAUUUGCCUGAGCAUCCCGUGGGCCAAGCCAGAUGAGGAUCUCCUACAGCGCUGGCGCCUAGGUCAGACAGGCUUUCCACUGAUCGAUGCUGCAAUGCGCCAGCUCUUGGCAGAGGGAUGGCUGCACCACACGCUCCGCAACACGGUGGCCACCUUCCUAACCCGCGGCGGCUUGUGGCAGAGCUGGGAGCACGGACUGCAGCACUUCCUGAAGUAUCUCCUGGACGCCGACUGGUCGGUCUGUGCCGGUAACUGGAUGUGGGUAUCCAGUUCGGCCUUCGAGAGGCUGCUGGAUUCCUCGCUGGUCACCUGUCCGGUGGCCCUGGCCAAGCGCCUCGAUCCGGAGGGGGUCUACAUCAAGCAGUAUGUGCCGGAGUUGAUGGGCGUGCCCAAGGAAUUUGUGCAUGAACCAUGGCGAAUGUCUGCGGAGCAGCAGGAACAAUACGAGUGCCUGAUCGGAGUCCACUAUCCGGAGCGCAUCAUCGAUCUCUCCAAGGCGGUAAAGCGCAAUAUGCUGGCCAUGAAAGCGCUCCGCAACUCGCUGAUCACUCCGCCGCCGCAUUGCCGACCCUCCAACGAGGAGGAAGUGCGUCAGUUCUUCUGGCUGGCCGACCAGACGGUGUAGAGUGGAGCAGCCCGUAACUGUACACACACACACAAAAAUAAUAGGACUAUUGCCACUCGUAUAUUAUAUAU